AGUAAGCAACUUCCGCUUGUCUUGACACACACAGCUUGUGACUUGAGUGAAGUGAAGUCCCCGGGAACUGAAGUGAAAGGUGGAGACUUUACUACAGGCUGCCGCAUCCCUACGUGUCGUCGGCGUGAAAUAGGUCAUAUUCCCCCUUUUUUAUUGUUUAUAGCGGUGGUAUCGCCGCGGCUUUUUGUCCCGCUGGACUUGUUCGGUCAACGUCCCACACCACGGUCGGCUGCUCUCUUCUUGGCAAGCUGGCUAGUAUCGGUUCCUGCUUGCUAAAAAACAUGGUGGCCUUUGGGCAAGAAGAAAACAAGGCGGUUUGGGUAUAUUGAGUGUGUGUUUUUUUAAAGAAAAAAUAUUUGCUCCAAAAAAAUAACUGUUAUUUUGAGAAGUGGCGGGGGGUGCCAUUUUAUGCGGUAAUUUGCUUCCAAAGUUGCCGUCAAGACUCCUUUUAAGAUUCCAAUACAAUACAGCUUUUAAAAACAAAAUAACUGCUCAAGUCCUGCCUUAUGGAACCAUUUUACCCCCAUCAUCACAUUUAGCAUAUCCCCCCCCCCCCCCCCCCCCCCCAUUCUCUCUGGAUUAUUAUGAUGGAUGCACCAGCUCGGGAAUAUUGGAAAUAGUUUUUGUCGUUGAUGCUGACCGUGAUGACGACAGUGAUGACAGAGAAAAGCAAUGGCUCCCCUUCGUUAAGAUUUUGAGUAGCGGGGCGAUAAUUACAUGGAGACUAGCCUGACAUGCCGAGGAAGGAGUUGCCACUACCUGAAGGUUGGGAGGAAUCCAGAGACUUUGAUGGUAAAGUCUACUACAUUGACCACAUCAACCAGAGCACCAGCUGGAUCGACCCCAGAGACAGGCAUACAAAGCCUCUGACAUUCGCUGACUGUAUCGGAGAUGAGCUGCCAAUCGGCUGGGAGGAGUCGUAUGACCCCCUGGUUGGAUCAUACUAUGUCGACCACAACACCAAGAGCACCCAGCUCGAGGACCCGCGGGCACAAUGGCAGCGGGAACAAGAGUCCAUGUUGCGGGAUUACCUGGCUGUGGCCUGUGACGCCCUCAGUGCCCAGAAGGAGAUCUACCAGGUGAAGGAGCAAAGGCUCCGUCUCGCACAACAGGAGUAUCGGCAGCUUAACGACACCUGGCGGGACAAGUCAACAUCCCAAACCAGCUUGAAUUCCAGGACGUCAUCCUCCAGCAAGUACGACCCAGAUAUACUAAAAGCAGAAAUAGCUACAGCCAAAAGUCGGGUCAACAAGCUGAAGCGGGAUUUGGCAUGUAUGAAGCAGGAGCUGCAGUACAAAGAACAAGGCUUUCAGACGCUGAAAGAGAUUGACCAGAAGGUGUCCAAUAGCCCAUAUGGCUUCAAGCUGCAGGAGGCGCAAGCCAUCCUCAACGAGGUGCGCUGCAUUCGGGAUGCGAUCAGCUCCGGCGAGAAGGAAAAACAAGAACUUAUGCAGAAAUUGGCCAUUCUGAAGGAUGGCUUCCAGCUGGACUCGGGCUCACAGCAGGAACUGUGGGGCAGCAGUCCCUCGCUGGCCGACUCGGAGCUUUCCAUACCCCGACUCUAUUCGGACGCCGGCUCGCAGACUGACAUACCUGCUGAGUACACAAACAACUCCAACAAACUUGUGGAGAAAGUUCGACUCAGUCUGAAGUACGAGGAAGCCAAGCGUCGGAUCGCCACCAUCGAGGUCCAAAUUGCAAAACUGGACAGCGAGGCAUGGCCGGGGCUGCUUGAUCCGGAGCGCGACCGUCUUAUCCUCAUCAACGAGAAAGAGGAGCUUCUAAAGGAGCUGCAAUACGUCAGCCCACGCCAGCGCUUGGAGCCCAUCGAUGCACAGAAGCUGGAAACAGAAAAGAAGCGUUUGGAGAAAGACCUACAGGCCGCCAGGGACAACCAGAGCAAGGCUCUGACUGAAAGGCUGCGCCUUCACUGCAGGAGGAACACGCUGGUGAGAGAGCUGGAGGAGUUAGUUCGACUGGCCACGUCGUUACACACUCAGCUUAAAAGUCUGUCCGCCAGCACCUUAUCAUGUUCGUCCGGCAGCAGUCGAGGCUCCCUGACGUCGAGCCGCAACUCCCUGGCCACAAACUCCAGCUUGGGCUCCACCUCCUCGCUCAGCUUCACCGACAUCUACCUGGAGCAGAACGAGUUGGCCGACCCGGACUUCCAAAACAAGCUGGAAAGCCUCCUGCAAGAGGGGGGCCAGGGAGGCUACCGCCCCUCCAGCUCCAUCACCACCAUCCACGAGCACGAGGUGGUGACAGGUAGCAGCGGCACAGGAAGGGACGCUGAAAGGCCGCAGGGCCAAACACCAGGAGUGGGUGGAGAUACUGAGAAGAGUGCAGGGGGUGGAGAGGUGGGAUCAUCCCGGAUGCAAGCCCUCAGGCUGUCAGAAACCCCUCACUCAAUCAGCUCCUUGUCCCCACGGUCGUCGAUUUCCUCGCUCUCGCCACCGUGCUCGCCACUUGUCACGGACACUACCUUUCUGUCAGAGGAGGCUUUCACCACCGAGGUGGGAUCUGGCGGGUUGAGCCUGGACCUGGAGCUCCACAACAGGCUCGCAGAGCUGGACAUCCGUAUAGACUCCCAGACGCUGCAACAGCAGAAGGAGCGCAGUGCCCACGGUGGGCUAGAGGAAAAGCAGAAACGCAAUGGCCUCCUGGGUGAAGAGAUCAAAGCUCAACUGUUGCAAGGAACAGGGGCGGGACCAAAGAAGAUGGGCGUUAUCUCAGCUGUGUCUGAUGAGUCCGUUGCAGGUGACAGCGGCGUAUACGAACCCUCUGAGUGCAGGCCGGGCCUCCCUGCUGACCUCCUGCUGGGCUCUGAUGAGGAGAGGCUAGCUUUGGGCUGUGCUCAGGUUCAGCUUGGCUUUCGCUACGAGUCAAGAACCCAGCGCUUUACUGUCUUCGUCAUGCAACUGUCCAACUUCCGCGCCCUCUGUCUGCCCGCUGACCAUAAAAUGCAUGUUCGCGUGGCGGUCCUUCCGUGCGUAGAGACGACACGCUGCCUGUUCAGAACACGCGGCUACAUGUCUGAGGACGUCAUGGAGAUCAAGGAGGUAUUCGGCAUGCCGAUAUCUCACAGUGCACUACGGCAGAAGACGCUAAGGAUUGACAUAUGUAACACCGGCAAGUCAGGUCACGAACAUUGUUUGGCGGGAGCCCAGAUCAGCUUGGCCGACAUCAGCUGUUCAGAGGAGAGAAAAACCAAGUGGUACAAUCUGCUGAGUCGAGCUUUUAUGCCCGAGGUCAGCAGCAAGGAAAAAGAAGCAGCAGCUGGUGGCUUGAACACAGCUGGAGCCAGCAACAGUGACACAGUUCUAGAUGACGAAGAAUGGCACGGUGACCUUCUGGAGGGAGAUGUGUUUGACGAAGACGAUGUGGAGAAGCCUCUGGAUGAAGGAGAAUUGUUCUAUGCUGAUGGCAGUCGAUGGGAGUCAGGGGAUGUCGAGGGGAGGGAGAGUAAGAUGCCUUCUGCCGCCGCAGCCAUGACAGAAAAGGUCAACAAAGAGACAAGUAUGGGCCGCAUGUCGUCAUCCGGUCACCACUCGGUGGUCCGGCCCAAAGAGCGGCGCACAGACCUUCCCCAUCAGCAUGCCUUCAUGAGGGGCAGCACCAUCAUCCGCUCCAAGACUUUCUCCCCAGGACCUCAGAGCCAGUACAUCUGCAGGAUCAGCCGCAGUGACAGCGACAGCUCCACGCUUUCCAAGAAGUCACCGUUUGUGCGUAAUGCCUCGGAGCGACGCAGCAUGCGCAUGAAAAAGCCUCCUGUGCAGGUCAAAGGUCUGGACGGCCUCCUGCGCACCUCCCUGGACUUGGAAUUAGACUUGCAGGUGUCCCGGACCCGACAGGCUCGUCUCACUCAAGAGCUGCAGGUUCUUAGGGAGCUUAAAAUGCAGCUGGAGGCGGCGAGGCAGCAGGGCCAACGCGAGCUGCCCGCCUGGGUCCGAGAGGACGAACGCUUCAGACUCCUCCUCAAGCACGCCGAGAAACAGACUCACGAGGAGCAGCUGCAGGAAAAGAGGGUGGAGAAGAUGAUGAGGGCGGCCGCUAAGGACGUCCACAAGAUAAGAGGACAGAGCCGUAAGGAGGUGCCUGAAGUGCAAACCUUCAGGGAGAAGAUGGCCUUCUUCACGCGAGCAAAGUCCACCAUCCCUCACCUGCCGGCUGACGACGUCUAGACCGUCAACAUUUCAAACAAAAGAGUCUUAACCUGCGCCUCGACUAAUGAAGUCAACCUUUUAGCGGUAAUAUGAAGAAAGUUUUUUGGGAAAAAAUGUAUCAUAGAUGGAAAACGACAGUGGCCACUCAGCAUUUGUUAAUGUGGAAAACUUUUUUUUAUUAUAUGUAUAUAUUAGUGACGGCACUGCUACAGUUUGACUUUAUUUUACAAACAUUAAAAAUCAUUCCAGCACAAACCUACACUAAACAAUAAUAGCACAAACAAACGGUACUGAAGCAACAAAAGCUACUUAAGAUGAUCAUUAGUCUUUGAAUUAAUAUUAGAAAAUUGUAUUUGAUUUAAAUAAUUAUGCUGCAAAUAAAGCACUCCGCUUAUUGAUGCAUCUAGUUUCAAACUUGUUCUCUUCAGUUGGAAUUCCCAAGAUCAUUAUUCACACCUGCCGUGACCACAGGUGGAACUGCUGUCACAUCGCAUUAAUAUUCUGUCACAUGAAAAUGUAAAGAUAAAUAAAUCCGGUUGAUUGUAUUCCAUUGACAGCACAGAUUGUUGUAAUCAUAAUUAACUGGACACAAUUAUGACCCCCACCCCCUUCUCUUUUUUGCUGUUGUGAUGGUUUGGCUCGUUCACACUCAGGUAGGAAAUUAGUUUAUUAGUCUGCACUUUAAUAACAAAAAAAAAUCCAGAAGCUGUAUCAUAUCUCGCUGGAAUGAUUGAUUAUCGAAGCAAAGACAACAAGAAAAAAAUAUAUGUAUUUUUUGUGACUUUGAAUGUCUUUCAAUUAUAUCCUGUAAGUUGUAAAACCAGCAGCCAAUAGGAGGACAGCAACACGUCACUCUUUAAUCUGAUUGGCUGUACAAACUUUUCCUAUUCUAACUGGAUCCUGAAGUUUAUUUCCCAGCAGAACCAAUAACACUUAUUCCCAUUUGUAUUUUUCACAUUCUACAUAUCAUGAAAGGGAGGAAAUCAUUUACUUAGUCCUCCUCAAGCUCGUUUUAAAACUUUUUUCCCCAUUGUUUCCCCCUGGCGGACAAUAGCUAGAAUGCAGUUAUCUGUUCAUUUCUUUAACGAGGUUCUUCUUUUGUUUUAGGUGUUAUUUGAUGAAAACACACAAUAUCUGUUCCAAACUUUCUCACAUGUUUGCCGGUAGAUUAACAUCUCCUUCUAAUAUUUUGGUUUAUUUUUUUAAUCCAAAAACUGGAUGUAGUUUUCCCCCUCAACUCAUCAAAGCUGGAAAUGGUUGCAUUAUUUUUAGUCAAUGUGAACACAUUAAGAAUCUGUUUCGUGUGCAUGCAUGUGUGCGUGUGUGUGUGUGUGUGUUCAGAGCGAGUAGGAUGUGGAACUCUUGUCAUGAUUGACACCAUUUUUUUCAAUGGACUGUGAAGACAUGCGAAUGAAGGAACGUAGGUUUUUAACUACGCAGAAUAUUUACAGAAAAGAUGAAACACGCUCAUAUGUCACAAAUUUUGUGAAAUUAUUAUUAUUUUUUGGGGUAAAUUUGUCCCAUUGGAUCUGUUUGUUACGCCUGUGAUGAUGAUGAUAGGUGUGUCUGUGUGUGCGUGUGUAUGAGAAACAAACAUCAUGUAUUUAUUGCACUUUGUGAUUUGGGUGUGCUUUUCCCGUUAAUUUCUUUUUUCUCUUCCUCUGCAUUUCUUUUCUUAUCGUCAUUGAGUCCCGAAAAAGCUGUGAAUUUUAUUCUCAGACACUGUUCUGUCGACCAGAGUUGUAAAUAUUUCACCAGCGCUCAAAGAGAGAGAAAAAAAACACAUUAUGUUUUGUAGUUUCACAACAAAUAAAAAAGGUUAUCUUUUA